GCCGACAAUAGCACCAAGUACUCAGAAUAACCAGUUUUAUCGUGCGGUGUUCUCUUAAAGACUUCUAAAAGAAGCAAAUUAUAAGACAACACGAAGAAAAUAGUGUGCGUAAAAGCAAAAAGAAAAACGUAAAAGUUGCCCUCGAUUCAUUUCACUGUUAUAUUGUUUGCUCGCUUUGAUGCUUUACCUGACUGGUACAUUUCCCUCCAUAGGCUACAACCCCAGAUCACCUCCUCCACCCUUCUCGAAAUGGAAAUUCGCCACCCCUGCUGCAGUUCGUCUGUACUCUUUAAUUUGCACUCACUCACACCAGAGUGAUCCCUCAGGCUGAAGUGCGCACUCUAGCCUGCUAUUCACAUUCACAGCUUUAUUGAAUAACAACACCUCAGUGGAUCUCCCAAGGACACAGCCUCCGAGCUAUUCAAUACGGCUUUUUGUUCUAAAUCUAAUAUUGAGCGUGUUUCUUUUUGUUCCUCUACGGAUGAGACCUGAGGAAAAAAAGUUGGCACCUGCAGGAGACUCUUUUGCGUAAAGGACCAGUAAACCUGAAUCAUGUAUUGCGCAGAAUCUCUGCUCUCUUACGAUUAAUUUACAGGAGAGAGGCGCAUCUCCAUUUUACAAGAUGCGAGUAGCGCGGCUGGAUGUUACUGCAUGGUUUUGAGCAAAGGGUACCAAACUUGCGUAAAGACCCCGAUUCUGCACAAGUAUCGAUUGCUUAUCACAAGUAAGUGAUUGAUACAAUGUCAGCCAUACGGAGGAAAUUUGGCGAGGACUACCAGGUGGUCAACACCAACCGGGGCUUUACUUUUUCCGCACCGGUGAAGAGAAAGAGGCAGCGGUUUGUGGAGAAGAACGGCCGCUGCAACGUCCAGCACGGUAACCUUGGCGGGGAGACCAGCCGAUACAUCUCCGAUCUCUUCACCACGCUGGUGGACCUCAAGUGGCGCUGGAACCUACUCAUCUUCAUCCUCACUUACACAGUUGCGUGGCUGGUCAUGGCUUCUAUGUGGUGGGUGAUCGCCUACAUCCGCGGCGACCUGAGCCACGGCGGCCACGACUCGUCCUACACCCCGUGCGUCGCCAACGUGUACAACUUUCCCUCCGCGUUCCUGUUUUUCAUCGAGACGGAAGCGACCAUCGGCUACGGCUAUCGCUACAUCACUGAGAAGUGUCCGGAGGGGAUCAUCCUCUUCCUCUUCCAGUCGCUGCUGGGGUCCAUCGUGGACGCCUUUCUCAUCGGCUGCAUGUUCAUCAAGAUGUCGCAGCCGAAGAAGCGCGCGGAGACGCUGAUGUUCAGCCAGGACGCGGUCAUCUCGCAGCGGGACGGGAAGUUGUGCCUCAUGUUCAGAGUGGGGAACCUGCGGAACAGUCAUAUGGUAUCCGCGCAGAUCAGGUGCAAACUCAUUAAGUCUCGGCAGACCCCAGAAGGUGAGUUUCUGCCCCUGGACCAGUGUGAACUUGAUGUGGGAUUUGGGACGGGGGCUGACCAGCUCUUCUUGGUGUCGCCUCUAACGAUCUGCCACGAGAUCAACACCAAGAGCCCGUUCUUCGAUCUGUCACAGCGCUCACUCAUGAAUGAGCAGUUUGAGAUUGUUGUCAUCCUAGAGGGCAUUGUGGAGACCACUGGUAUGACAUGCCAAGCAAGAACGUCCUACACCGAAGAUGAAGUGUUGUGGGGCCAUCGCUUCCUCCCUGUCAUGUCACUGGAGGAGGGCUUCUUCAGGGUUGACUACUCUCAGUUCCACAAUACCUUUGAGGUCCCUACGCCCCCCUACAGUGUGAAAGAACAGGAGGAGAAGUCCUCGCUGACGUCGCCCAACUCUCUGUCUGUCGCGCCUACCCCUUCCUCCCCACUGCUGGGCAACGGAGGCCGCGGAGGCCGCAGGGAAAGGCUUCUGUCAGCCGACUAUGCAGACCAUGUAGAGGAUCAAGCAUCUAGGCUGCCCAGUAAACUCCAGCGCAUGAGCUCCACCAAGGAGGAGCUCCUCUGGAGGGGGCUGAAGACAGGGCCAGCCUUGCCUGGGGGUAAGGCCUCCAGCACAGGUGACCUUCCACUUAGUAUCCAGAGGCUGAGGUCCAGCUCCAUCCCUGUUGUGAGGCAAGGACAGCUGGAGGAGCAGGUCCAGCUGUUAUCCUUGGAUGGGGAUGCUGAGGAAGGUGAGAUGGAAAAAGUCAGACUGCCGGCAGCCAUUAGCACCAUCACUGCUCCAACCCCAAAAGCAGCACAAAUCCCCUUGGUAGGGAGUCGGCCAGAGGACAACUUGCCCCCCAAACUGCGUAGGAUGAAUGCUGACCGCUGAUUUCUAUAGACCACCUUUAAGACUUUAAAAUUUUGAAAACUGAAUCAGGCUACAUGGGCAUUGCAUAUCCUGUAAAUAAAGACUACUAUAUAAUUUUUUUGGCAGAUUUUGUCCAGUAUUUUACAUUUACUUAUGGCCUCUCUACAAAGUUGUCCAUUGCCACAAUUAGAAGGACAACGCCUAUAAGCCAUCCAUCCGCUCAUACUGUGAGUCAUUUUUGAUAGAUCACCAUCUGUGCCCCCCACUGACUUCUAACACUUCUGCCCUUGUACUUGUUUCUUUCACUUCUGUUCACAGAGUUGCAUCAAAGGCUUUUAUCUCUAACAAGUACACUUUUUUUAAGUUAAUCAAGUUCUGAAGCGACAGUCAUGAAUGACUGACCUGAAGUGAACGUUUGCUAAACCCUGCAGCAGAACAUGUUUGUCCAGUCAUAGAUUAGCAACUGCAACUAGGCACAGUGGGUCUGUCAAGUUUUAGAUUUUCCCACAUGCCUCAAGCAGCUGUAAGGAUAAAAACCAACUGACAGUGAUGCAACACUUUUGCCCCCAUUAAUUUUCUGGGGCACACAAGUUAAUCGCCUUUCCAAUGCAUUGUGGGAUCCCUGGCAAUGCAGGUCUAACCAUUAAUGUGAAAAAGGGAAGACUGAAAUACAAAUUAGAGACAAAGUUUGCCUGGUGACUAUGCAGUAUUUUGUUGAAAAACUGAAACAAAGGGGCAAUGCGUGGAUUGAUGAAGUUUAGUUUUUACGUUUUCAGGUGACAUGUCUAAGAAGGAGACCGUUAUUCCACCGAGGUUGCUGGAAUUUGAAUUGCUACUUGGCACAACUUCACAUAAAUUGUAAAUGAAUGUUCAGAUGGGUUUUCUCCGUAACAGUCUUACUCAACUCAGUUUUACUCAAUUAUCAGUUAUUGUAUCAGUUACUAGAAGCAGGCAUGGUUAUCUGUACUGGUUGAAGAAAUAUACAUUGUGCAUCCCUAUUUUUUAAUAAGCUGCAAAUGUUAGCAUGUCUGGCUAACAAGAGUAUAAUUAGUAUAAUUACAGUUCAGCAUCAGCAUUGGUUCAGCAACUGCAUCAGUGCAGUUCAUGACUAGCACAUUCACUGUGUGGAAGCCAGUCCUGGAAGCUACCAGAGUGUAGGCUAACAUUAGUGGCUCCAUCCUGCUUUUAUCUCUAAAGGUUUACACUCCCAGUCAACUUUACAGUGGUUACUCUUCAUUAUAAAAGCCUGUUCCCUGUAGUGUUCACAGUGAAAACGAACAGAAGUAUGCAGCCUAAGCUAGGCAGCCAAAAAGAGUUAUAUAAGAACAGUCUGAUCUUAGAUUUUCCUUAUCACACUUCAGCUAUAUUAACUAGCUCUACACUGCAACACAAAAACAAUUUUGUUUCUUUAUCAAC